CUUAUGAAUAAUAUAAUAUUAAAUAGGAUGCAAUCUGAGUUAGGCUUGCAAUCCUACAAUAUAAAUCUAUCAACAUUAUAAAUUAAGGAUACAUAACACAAUAUUUAUAAAUAAUAGCAAAAAGGCAAAACAGGACAAGCAGCAACAUGUACGGAGUAUUGAAACAAAAUAUGACAUGCAAAGGAAACCUGCACGAACCUACGGGGCCGGACAAGUUAAAAUGUUUCAUUAUUGUGGUCGUCAUGACGCUCAUUAUUGUUGGCAACGUCUGCUGCAUCGUCGUGUUCAACCAUCCUCGGUCAAAGCGAUUCUUUAUGAAGCGUGUGAGGUACAUGAUGACGUCACUAAGUUGCUCGGACCUCGGGUUCGGGUUGCUCGUCUGCCCAUCAACUAUCUACUCUUCGCUAUACCACUGCUGGCCGUUCGGAGAUGUCUUUUGCCGCAUUGAAGCUCUCUUAAUCUCUGCGCUUUUCCACCAGUCAACUCUCAACAUGGUGCUGAUUGCGGUGGACCGGUAUUGCAUCGUUCAUUUGCGACGGUACAAUAGUUACAUGAGCUCCGAACGCUUCCUGAAGCUUAUCAUUUCAACGUGGAUAGUGGUUUUUACCUGUUAUUCAAUCGUCAUUUUUGCCGGAGGACAAUAUUACUUCGAUGAGUUUGGAAUAAACUGUGAACCAUUUUAUAAAAACGAAAAGGUUACAUUGUCUGUAAUCAGCAUUUUCUAUUUCUUGCCUUCUCUUAUAUUCCUUUUCUGCUACAUGUCAAUCUACCGAACGGCUUGCAAAAGAAAGGUGCUGACAAUCUCUGGGGAUGACAAGCAUGGAAGAAUGGUGUCUGCUAACAUAAGAACAUCAAAGUAUCUAGCGGCGAUAACGGUGGGCUACUUUGUGGCGGUUUCACCUUGGAAUAUGACCACUUUUAUCAUUAGUGCCGCGAAGAUAAGUGUCAACGUUCACGUAGACUUCACCAUGACGUGGCUGUCACUUAGCAACAGUUUCUGGAACUGUCUUAUUUACGGCGCCAUGAACCGGAAGUUCCGACGUGCGGCUAAGCAGUUUGCGUGUGGAUAUUUGGCUAAAUCACAAACGGAAUCUACCGAUAAGUCAACGGAAGAUUUUAGCGCCGUUGGGGAUUCGACGUAUUCGCGGUACAAGCAGCGUUCUAUUCAGAAGAGCGUGGUCGGAGAAUUGAUAUGUAGUAUCCAGCCUAUAUUCAGUUGGAUCAUCAUCAUCAUCAUUUUUCACUACGAGGUAUAAUUUCCCCAUAAGAGGUAGAUUCAUUCGCUAAUUUUAUCCAUACGCUAUUUUUAAUAAAGUGUUUUCAACUUUCAUAUUAUUUCCAAACGUCAAAGACCGCUUUAUGCAGACUACAAAAGCAAGAUUAUAUACCAGUACAUAUUUAAAUCAUGUGAUACAAUGGAAAACGGCUACAUAUUUAAAACAACAACAACAAAAAAAACCAUGCAUUUAAACGAAUUUUGCAACAGUUAUUUACAAGAGUUUUUUUUAUUAACCAAAUGUUUUAAAAUGUUUAGUUUCAGAAUAACAAUUAUUGUCAUUUGUUUGUUGCCAUAUCUACCAGUAAGGUACUCAAAUCGCAAAUAAACAUAUGUUUACUGUAAACAUCACUAUAGUCAAACAGAUAAUCCGCUAUGAUCAUGAAAACAUACAUGCAUUUUUACUGUAUUGGUCACUUGAUGAAGUGGAGUGUUAGCGAGGCGUGUGAUUACGAACAGAUCACUUGAGCGUCACUCCCCAUAUUCCACUCAAGUGAUCAUUUGAGUGUCCCUUACGGGAAUAUGGUUGGAGUGUGAGUGAGAGUGGAUGUUCUGAAUUCGGCCCUUAGUUAGUAAUCCGUCUAUUUGCCUCGUAUUUCAUAACAUAUGUGCAUGCGCUAGUUGAAGCUGUAUUAAAUAGGCACUUGCGAAAUAAAUCUUUAAAAUUGAACUUGUAGU